UAUUAUCAGAUUCUGAUUCUUUUCCCAAACUCUCGCCGACCUCUCCGGCGUAGUAUUCAACCGGGUAGCUGAAGGCGGGGGAAUUGCACCGCCGAACUCUAAGACGGAGAUGUCGUUCGGGUUCGGCAGCCACGGGGGCAUGGUGACAGCGCCGGCCGCGCAGCAGCAGCAGCCGCCGCCGAAGAUGAGGUGCCUGUCGUGCAAGGAGGAGUAUGGGACAGGGGACGCCGGCACGUGCAAGGAGUGCUACGAGGAGGCGAGCGAGACGGAGGAGGAGCUCAAGCGGGAGAUCGAGGACCUGAAGUCGAAACUCACCUUCCUCAGGUUCUGGUCACCGACCGAAAACCCUAGCGGCAGCCGAUCGCACGCGCUCGGCUUCUACGACGUCGUUCUGGUCGCCUCCGAAGAGUCGGAGCCCUCCGCCCCCGUGCCGGCCCACCGGAUCGUUCUGGCGAAUCGUUCGCCCGUGUUCAAAGCAAUGCUUGAGAACGAGAUGACAGAGAGCCAAAGCGGGACCAUCAAAAUCACCGAUGCAUCCUACGAGGCCCUGCGGGCCUUUGUGAACUUCAUGUACACAGCAGAAGCUUGCAUUGACGAGCAUCUCGCUUCCGAGCUUCUAGUACUGGCUGAGAAGUACCAGGUGAAGCACCUCAAGUCGUACUGCGAGAAGUUCCUGGUCUCAAAGUUGAACUGGGACAACUCGGUCAUGAGCUACUCUUUCGCCCACCAGCACAAUGCGAAGCACCUGCUCGACAUGGCGUUGGGGCUGAUCACGGAGAACAUGGACAAGCUGACAAGGCUGGACGAGUACACGGAGCUUGUGGAGAAGGCUCCCCGGCUAGUAGUGGAGAUCUAUGAGGCCUAUCUCUCCAAGCAGGUGAAUACAGCUGCUCAGAAGGAUGGUAGCAGGGCUAUAUGAACCCCAGAAUAUUAUUAAUUCUAAGGGAAGCCAGUGAUCGAAUUGCAGAAUUAAUACUCUCUCGUAGCGAUGUCUGGUUUUAAAUGUAAAGUAGUUGAAAUAUGGAUAAGGAGCUAUGUCCAUUUCCAAUUUCGAGUUCUUGGAUCGGCCAUUGUUAAUAUC